AUGUUUAAAGACGACGAUGAGGAGGAGGAAAACACCUUUGGUGUCACCAGAUACCCUUGCAUGCCAUCUCUCGUGGCUCUACAGCAGAUGAGGAACAGGUUGCACCUUGCUUACCUUGGAAGAAAGCUGAUGAAGUGGACUGCUUUGGCCACCGGCAGAGAGAUGAGGAGGCUGGCUGAAGAGCUUUAUGAUGCAUACCAAGGGUUUGGGGAAGAUAUGCGUAACGCCUUUAUCUUGUUGGCAAGAGGUCGAUACUUCGUCCCACAACUGAAUAGCAUAGUGACUGAAGAUAUUAAUAAAAAGGCAGGCGUAGUAGUGCAGCAAUCCACAAAGUCAAUAUCUGGAGUAAAGAUAGUACAAUUUAAAAUAGUUGAGACGGAGUCACCGCCUUACUCCCACUUGGGCAUUGAGAAGGGCGGUCAAGCGAUCCUCGAAGCUAAAAAUGCUUGGCUGGAACUCUUAAAACGUCUCAUCAUGAUGAUGCAGCUUCGAGCAAGUUUUCUGAUGGUGGAACUGGCCAAUAAGACUGCUGUCAAGAAAAUGAACGUUUUAUCCAAAAUUGUGAUCCCGAAGACUAAUGUGACGAUGGGAUACAUAAACAAUGAAUUAGAAGAAUAUGCUAGAGAAGAGUUUUUUAGGUUAAAAAAAGUAUUGGAAAUUAAAAGAAAAAUGUAUGAGAGUAUCCAAGAUCCAAAAGCUAAGAAAAAAAAGGAAGGCGCAGAAGAAGAUGGCCUUUGUAUAGCAUGUAAAGAGGAAAUGUCUGAACAGAAAACUGAAAAAUCACCAAUUGCUAAAAUUGAUAAGCCUCCUGAACCUAAACCUGCCCUUGAACCUGAAUCUGUUUCUUCACAAGAAAACAAGCUAAACUAUGAAGAAAUAGAUAAACUAAUUAUACAACUAAAUGAAAUAGUUAAUGUAACCACUGAUAUGGAUGAAAAGGGCCUCUUAAAGGCUAGCGUCGAUGAUUUCUUAAAAACAGCUCAAGUACUAAAGUCAAAGUUAGGUCAAAAAUCUGAAGAACAAAAUGAAGAACUCGAUGGAGUUCAAUCGUUGCCCUGUAAUACAAUUUUACCAGAUGAUAUCAAUAUGGACCAGCUAUGUGAUACUUGUAAGGAAAAAUAUAGCAAAAGUAACGAUAAUGGAACUCAAACAGAUCCAAUUCCAAAUGAAGAAGAAAAAGAGAAUGCCUUGGACGAAAAAGAGUUCGAGGGGAAAGCAAAGUCUCCAUCUCUACAUGAUUCUGAUGCAGAGUUAGCAACUUUUGAAACUGAGUUUAAGGAAAUAACUAAAAUAACAAAAACUAUAAAUGAAGAUGGAUCCGUUACCAUAAAGAAGAAAGUAAUUAAGAUCGAAAGAGAAAUUAGAACUCCAGUUCGAAGCAAACCUUCUUCUAGUAGGACUUCAGCAAACAAAUCUAAUAUCCCUGGUCAAUCAGCUAAUUCUUCAUCACAUUCUAAUCCGUAUUUAGGUUCAAGAACUGUUGGCUUAGUUACACUCAAAAACCUUACCCCCAAAGAUAAUUUACUGUCCCUCUAUAGGGUACAAAGAGUAAAAUCAGAAAUUUUGAAUACAUUUUCACCAAUGUCAGUUCCCACUGAAAGAUUUUGUUUGUCAUCUACAACUAUACUAUCAUUGGAUAUAGAUUUAGACUAUCCAAUGGAUGAUAUUAAUUAUAAUUUAUCAUCCAGUACAAGAAAUAAUGUAAGAUCGUCUGAUGAUGAAGCU